AGUUGUUAGGUGAUUUCACAAAUAGUGGCUUUAAAGUAACACCCCUGCUCCUUUUUAUCACAACUAUAUCCGAUUACACCAACAUGAGAUCUCUUCACAAAAAUCAUAACGUUUAUUGCUUAUAAAACGAAAUAUUCCCCAAUAAAGGCGCAGGGACUUGCUAUUAAAAUAUGGUGGGGAAAAUGGUGGCCAUUUAGUUGAGCAGCAGGCUGAUUUAUUAUUUAUUGUUCUGUCCCACGGUCACGUGUUUGGGGCGCCCUAUCCAGUCUUGGGCAAGGUUCAACUUGCUGGACGCAUUGAGCCCCUAGCUGGUGCAGGAAAGCAGCACAUUAUAUGCAAUGAAUCUGUUUUUUCUAAACAUUGCAACACUCUAGCGCGUUUUUUUUCCUUUUGCAUUUUCAUAAUGUCGACGUUAGGAGCGAGUUACUAUGUUGAGCCGCCUGUUCUUCCCGAGCAGGAAGAUAUGGCACCUAGAUACCCGUCAACUGCAGGGGUGGAGCAGGCGAUGCUCACCGAAUAUGGCGGACAGGAAUCUUGCCCUUUGCAGGCGAAAUCUUCUAUUUUUGGUGGAUCGUGGAGUCCCAUCUCGGCUCACCCUCCGAACACAGCCGCUCCGACCUAUAUACAUCACCAUUACACGAGCGGGGACAGCGAUGGCAUGUUUACGCGCUCCUGGGCGUUGGAUCCGGUGUCUGCGUCUCUGUGUUUGACGGGAUUACCAUCGACAGCCAUGCAUUAUGAGAUCAAACCCGAGCCCCUGAUUGGGAGUGCUGAAUGCACAACUUUGGAGACGCACACACCUCUUUUGUCUGACAUUGAAAACGGAGCAUCCCUUGCGGAGAUUCCCUGAGAAACCACAUCCGCGUCUAAAGCUACUGAGGAGAGCCCGUCAGCAGAGGACAAGAGGGAGAUAGAUGCAAAUAACCCAUCGUCCAACUGGCUUCACGCAAAGCCCACCAGAAAAAAGCGUUGUCCAUAUACAAAGCACCAAAUCCUCGAACUGGAAAAGGAAUUUCUCUUUAACAUGUACCUCCCCCGGGAUCGUAGAUACGAAGUAGCGAGAGUCCUGAGUUUGACCGAGAGACAGGUGAAAAUCUGGUUUCAGAACCGCAGGAUGAAGAUGAAGAAAGAAAACAAAGACCGGCGGAGAGACAGUUAACUGGUAUUGGACUGAUGGUGGAUU